ACAAAGGAUGCAGGACCUAACCAUAAAAAGACAUCAUCAGAUAUAGCACCGACAACGAAAGGAAGCACAGUUUCUUCCAUUUCAGACGGUGCCCGCAGCCAGGCAUCGACAAGUAAAGACACUUCAAACAAAAACCACACAGACAAACAGGAGGCCAUGCCGCCUGUGAGUGCAGAUGUCCAGAAAGAAGUGGAGCAGAUCAUCAAAUCCCACAAUGUGGUUGUUUUCAGUAAAACCACCUGCCCCUUUUGUGUUAAGGCAAAAGAUUUACUUAAAAGUCUGAGUAUUAAAUUUGAAUCAGUUGAUCUUGACACAAUUGAGAAAGGGCCCCAGUAUCAGACAGUUUUGCAGGAGCUCACAGGACAGAAGACAGUUCCUAACAUAUUUAUACGGGGCAUUCAUUUAGGUGGAUGUGAUGAUCUGUUGAAUGCUCACUGUCAGAGCACACUCAUGGACAAAGUUAAAGGGAAAGGUUCGACCUAUGAGUAUGACCUAGUUGUUAUAGGCGGGGGAUCUGGUGGACUGGCAGCUGCAAAGGAAGCAGCUAACUUGGGUAAAAAUGUUGCCUUGUUCGACUAUGUACAGCCGUCACCUUUAGGAACAACCUGGGGUUUAGGAGGAACUUGUGUAAAUGUUGGCUGCAUUCCAAAAAAGUUGAUGCAUCGGGCAUCCAUUUUAGGGGAAGAGCUGCAUGACGCAAGAGCAUUUGGGUGGAAUGUUCCAGAAAAAGUGGAGCAUAGCUGGCAACAAAUGAAAGAUGCAAUUCAGGACCACAUUGGCUCAUUAAACUGGGGUUACCGGGUACAGCUGCGGGAUAAAAAGGUCAACUACAUCAAUGCCUAUGCAGAGUUUGUUGACCCUCACACUAUAAAGGCAGUAAAGAAAAAUAAAUCAGAACAGAUAAUAACAGCAGCACAUGUGAUUCUGGCCACAGGUGAAAGGCCUAGAUAUUUAGAAAUACCUGGUGCCCGUGAAUAUUGUAUUACCAGUGAUGACCUGUUUUCAUUGCCCUACUGUCCCGGGAAGACAUUGUGUGUAGGAGCAUCAUAUGUCUCUUUGGAGUGUGCUGGUUUUCUGGCUGGUCUGGGUUUAGACACAACAGUGAUGGUCAGGUCUAUUCUUCUGAGGGGCUUCGACCAGCAGUGUGCUGAAUCUAUUGGCAAGUACAUGGGGGACCAUGGCGUGAAGUUCAUUCGUGGAGCCGUACCUACAAAGAUUGAGCAGUUACAGAAAGGCGAGCCUGGUCGUUAUAGAGUGACAGCCAAAACUGACGAAGGAAAGGAAAUUGUUGAAGAGUAUAACACAGUCCUGUUGGCCAUUGGUCGGGAUCCCUGCACCAAAGGAAUUGGCCUGGAAAAUGUUGGCGUAAACCUCAAUCCAAACAACAAUAGAGUCAUCACUGACAGAACAGAAUGCACCAAUGUCAAGAAUAUUUAUGCAAUAGGGGACAUUGGAGACGGCAGGCCUGAGCUGACUCCCGUGGCAAUUCAUGCCGGCAAAUUGUUGUCCAGGAGACUUUUCACAAAGAGUCAGGCAGUGGUUGACUACACCAACAUUGCCACAACAGUGUUCACUCCUCUGGAAUACGGUUGCAUCGGGUAUUCUGAAGAAGCAGCCAUCGAGAAAUUUGGUGCAGACAAAAUUGAGGUCUACCACAGCUAUUUUAUGCCUUUGGAAUGGACAGUUCCUCAUCGAGCAGAGAACACGUGUUAUGCCAAACUAAUCUGCAACUUGGCUGAUCAGGAACGAGUCAUCGGUUUCCACGUGCUGGGACCAAACGCUGGUGAGAUCACCCAAGGAUAUGCAGUAGCCAUGAAGAAGGGCGUCACAAAAGAGGACUUUGAUGCAACUAUUGGCAUUCAUCCGACGUGUAGUGAGAUUUUUACAACGCUGCAUGUGACCAAGAGGAGCGGAGAGAGUGCCGAAGUGACAGGUUGCUGA